AUGUCUUCCACCAGAGAGAAAGGCCUCAUCGUGAGCUUCGGCGAGAUGCUCAUUGACUUCGUCCCCACCGAAUCCGGCGUCUCCCUCGCUGAAUCCCCAGGCUUUCUCAAAGCUCCCGGCGGUGCUCCGGCCAACGUCGCCAUUGCAGUCACUCGUCUCGGAGGUCGCUCCGCCUUCGUUGGUAAGCUAGGUGGUGAUGAGUUCGGUCACAUGCUUGCUGGAAUCUUGAGGGAGAACGGCGUUGAUGAUAAGGGGGUCACCUUCGACGAGGGAGCAAGAACCGCACUCGCUUUCGUCACGUUGCGUUCAGACGGUGACCGUGAGUUUAUGUUUUACCGGAACCCAAGCGCCGACAUGCUUCUCCGACCAGACGAACUUAACCUCGAACUAAUCAGAUCC